ACUGUACAUGAUUUUCCCAGUUAACAGAAAACAUUGAAACCUUUUAGCCGUUAAAAAUUUGAAGAUAACUCAUUUAAAACUGUAAGUUUUUUGAUUUAUUAAUUAUUUUCUAAAGACUUAACAUUGUCAACGAUUUAUUAGUUUUUCACUAUUCAAAUUAGCAAACAAUUCUACAUUGAAAAUACAGUUGUUGGUGGCAUAAAAAAAAUUAAAGAGCGAUAAUAGCAUUCUAAGUAAAAGUUUAUUUUUAUUUUUCACAGGUGACUCGUAAAAUGUCGUCGACAUCACAAAAACAUAGAAACUUUGUCGCCGAGCCCAUGGGAGAGAAAGAAGUAACUGAAUUGGCGGGAAUCGGUGAGAAAUUUGGUGAAAGACUCAGAGAAAAAGGAUAUGAUACAGCCUAUACUGUGCUCGGCCAGUUUCUAAUAAUGAAAAAGGACGAAGAUUGUUUUAAGGAAUGGCUGAAAGAUACUUGUGGAGCAAACGCAAAAUAUCAGAAUGAUUGCUACCAAUGCUUGAAAGACUGGUGUGACUCAUUUUUGUAA